UUCGUCGUGGGACUGAACAAAUUACUUCCCUUAUUAAUUUCCCUUAUUUAGAGCUUUAAAUUUUCUUCAAUUUCUAACAUUUUAUUUUUUCCCCUGGUGGAAGUCGAUAACUCAGAUCUUAAGUCUUAGGUUUUCGUUUUGAAUUGUUUUCUGGAAUUACAUAAAUCAGGGGAAACCAGCGAAUCGUCUGUUAGUUGUUUCUCGUCGGAAGAAAUUAGGGUUUUAAUUGGAUUGCGUCGCCGCCGACUCGAAUUGGGGGAACCGGUGUUUCAACCCGCGAGGUUGCUUUGGCAUUCUUUUUGGCGUUUAGAUGUGAAAUUAGGGUUUUGGGGUUGGAAGCUGCGAGGAUACAAGAUGAUUAUCAAACGGACGAUGAAAUUUGAAAUGCCGAACCUGAAACGCUGCAAGGUUGAAGAGCCUGGCUGUGACGAUGAAGAAGAAGACAGUGGUUAUACGGUGAAGCCAAAGAGACGAAAGGCGAAUGGGUAUCAUCAUUCGUUUGGUGGAUUUGAAGAUUUGAGCAGCGGCUCGGAUUGUUGGAGCAGCGAAGGGAGGUACUGGGCUGGUGAAUUGAAUUCGAAUUUGAAACAAAAGAGAGAAUCUAGUAGAGGAUUGGAUAGAUUUAAACCUCCGCUAUUGAAAUCAUCGCGAGGAAGGACGCGAAUGCUUCCUUCAAGGUUCAGUGACGCUGUUCUUGAUGAAUGGAGGAAUAAGAAAUCUGCAGUCGAGAAUCCAGAUUCAAGCUCUGAUGAUGAUGAAUUCGACGAAGAGAGAGAUAAUUUUCACUUUGGAAGGCCUAAAUUUGAUGAAAUAGUAUAUCUGGAGAGGAAGUUCAAACAUGAAACCUCCAAGUUCCACCCAGUUUUUAAAAGUGAAAGGGAAGAAGAGGCGGGGCGUAUAAGGGUUGGCAAUUUUGAUUACAGAAGGUAUUUGAGUUCUCGUGGUUCUAAGGCUUUGAUGCAUGAUAUGAGUUCUUUGCGAGUUGUAGAAACUGGGGAAUAUAUGCCCAGUUAUAAUUAUACAGGUUUAGGGAGGCUCAGCGAAGACAGAGCCGGAAAGAGGAAGGAAGUGUAUAAGCUGGAGGAUUUUUCUUUGGGUGAUAUUGUCUGGGCUAAGUGUGGGAAGAGAUACCCAACUUGGCCAGCCAUAGUGAUCGAUCCAAUAUUGCAAGCACCUGAAUCAGUCCUGAGCUGUUGCGUUCCUGGUGCCAUAUGUGUGAUGUUUUUUGGGUACUCAAAAAAUGGAACGCAAAGGGACUAUGCAUGGGUGAAGCAAGGAAUGAUAUUUCCAUUCGCAGAGUUCAUGGACAGAUAUCAGGGACAGACCCAAUUGUAUAAAUGGAAACAAAGUGAUUUUCAAUUGGCAGUGGAGGAGGCUGUUUUAGCAGAAAACGGUUACCUGGAUGCAAACCUUAACGCUCAACAAACAGCUGACCUAGAUGCCCACCCCUGCGCUUCAAGUCAGGACAGGGAUCCUUACUUGCAUAAUCAGGAUGCACGUGCCAAGGAGACAAGGCACUGUAACAGCUGUGGUUCUGUUGUUCUCUUCAAAACUAUGAAGAAGAUAAAGGGCUCGACCUCAAGAGCUGAGUUUCUAUGCAAACACUGUGCUAAGUUGAGAAAAUCAAAGCAAUAUUGUGGCAUAUGCAGAAAGAUUUGGCACCAUUCAGAUGGUGGCAAUUGGGUCUGCUGUGAUGGUUGUAAUGUUUGGGUGCAUGCUGAAUGUGACAACAUUUCUACAAAUCUUUUCAAGAAUCUGGAAACCAUUGAUUAUUAUUGCCCAGGCUGUAAAGCAAACUCCAAGUCUAUGCCAUCUACUUUAGCAAAAAAGGAGCCAGAGUUCAAGCAUGUUAGCAAGCCCAAAGAAAAAAAUGGGCAAAAUGUUAUGCCUGACAAGCUUCCUGUAAUCUGCAAUGGCAUGGAGGGAAUUUAUCUUCCUAAAUUUCAUCUAGUUGUAUGCAAGUGUGGUUCAUGUGGGUCAAAGCAGCAGUCACUUGGUGAAUGGGAAAGGCACACUGGAUGUAGAGCCAAAAAAUGGAAGUACAGUGUGAAAGUCAAAGAGACCAGGCUACCACUUGGUGAUUGGAUUUCGGCAUAUAAUACUCUUGGUGUUGAUAUUCUAAAGUUAGAUAAGCAGAAGUUAAUUGGUUUUUUGCAAGAAAAAUAUGAGCCUGUUUAUGCAAAAUGGACAACUGAGAGGUGCGCUGUUUGUAGAUGGGUUGAGGACUGGGACUAUAACAAAAUUAUUAUCUGUAAUAGGUGUCAAAUAGCUGUCCAUCAAGAAUGCUAUGGAGCAACAAAUGUGCAGGAUAUGACAUCAUGGGUUUGUAGAGCUUGUGAAACACCCGAUGUUGAAAAGCAGUGCUGCCUUUGUCCUGUGAAAGGGGGUGCUCUUAAACCAAGUGAUGUUGAUUCACUGUGGGUCCAUGUCACAUGUGUUUGGUUUCGGCCUGAAGUCAGUUUCUUGAAUCAUGAGAAGAUGGAACCUGCUAUUGGAAUCCUUAGGAUUCCAUCAAGUUCAUUUUUGAAGACUUGUGUGAUCUGCAAGCAGACUCAUGGUUCCUGCACUCAAUGUUGCAAAUGUGCAACUUAUUUUCAUGUGAUGUGUGCAUCAAGAGGAGGAUAUAGCAUGGAAGUACAUUGCUCAGAGAAAAACGGGAUACAAAUAACAAGGAAGUUAGUUUACUGUGCUGUUCACAGGGCCCCAAAUCCAGAUUCAGUUGUAGUCAUGCAUACUCCUUCUGGGGUUUUUGCUACCAGAAACUUGCUUCAAAAACAGAAUGGGUGUUUUCGAGGUUCAAGGAUGAUUUCAAAUAAGAGAAAUGAGCUGGUUGAAUCCUCAGGUCCAGAGACUGAGGAGGUCGAUGCAUUCUCUGCUGCAAGAUGUCGUGUAUAUAAAAGAUCAAGCUCUAAGAUGGCUGUAGGGGAACCAAGGUUUCACAGGCUGAGUGGGCCAAGUCAUCAUCCUCUAAAUGUGAUAAGUAGAUUGAGCACAUAUAAAGAAGUUGAAGAUUCUACCAUUUUCUCAUCAUUCAAAGAGCGUCUAUAUUAUUUACAGAGGACUGAGAACCAUCGAGUUUGUUUUGGUAAAUCUGGUAUACAUGGAUGGGGACUUUUUGCACGUAGAAACAUUCAAGAAGGAGAAAUGGUCAUUGAGUAUCGUGGUGAGCAGGUUAGAAGAAGUGUUGCGGAUCUUAGGGAGGCACAAUACCGUUUAGAAGGCAAAGAUUGCUACCUCUUCAAGAUCAGUGAGGACGUAGUGAUUGACGCCACAAACAAGGGUAACAUUGCACGCUUAAUCAACCAUUCGUGCAUGCCCAAUUGUUAUGCAAGGAUUAUGAGUGUUGGUGAUGAGGAGAGUCGGAUAGUUCUUAUUGCUAAGACCAACGUGUCUGCUGGUGAUGAACUAACGUACGAUUACUUGUUUGAUCCUGACGAGCAUGACGAGUUAAAAGUGCCUUGUCUUUGUAAAGCUCCGUUAUGUCGGAAAUUCAUGAAUUAAGUAUGAUGUGUUUUUACAUUUUGUCCAAAAAAGGGUUUUUUUUUUUCUCCUUCCAAUUUUAUAUCUCUUCUAAAGCAUUGACAGUCUCGCAAUUUAUUUUUUUGUUGCCAAUGAGUUUGUAAUUCUUUUCAACAAUAUCAUAGCAGAUAUUUUCUGUAAUUUUUUUUAUUACAAUAAAAAUAUAAAAUUAUC